AAGGGCGUGUUUGAUGACAUCAAUUUCGUGAAUUGGGUGGCUGCAAAGUGUCUGGUAGACGCAGGACGGAGACUCGUUUUAUUUGUUUUGGUAGCGGAGUAACAGUGGUGCAACCAGACAUGUCUUUUCACUACUUAUGAAUGAAGUGAUUCGGAAUUUGUAAAAGUGCCAUUUUUAUUGCAGUCUACAAGUAUGUGCUGUUUAUAACUGAAUGGCUAAAUUAGCAGGUGGGACUACCCUAUGAUCUGUUGAAGAUGAUCGAUUGCAUAGAAUCUGUAGCCACAAGGGCAGGCCAGGAUUUGUGGGCUGAGGUGUGCUCCCAUCUUCCAAGCAGCAACCAAGGAGGGGUACAUGGUGAUAUAGCUGAUGGUUUCUCUGAUGCUUUCACUGAUCUUUGCAGCAUAGGUCCUGAACUCUACAGAAAUGAAGCUGCUGAAAAUCUGAAUCACAUAAACCAUUCAUCUGUCUGCAGCCCAAAACCAUGGGCUCCUAUGGAGGAUUCUGAAAUCUAUUUAGCUUCAUUAGAAAGGAAACUGAAAAGGCUUCGAGGUCAGUGUGAAGAAGUCACGUCCAGAGACAUCUUAUGCAGCCUAGCUCAGGCAAGGAAGGAGUGCUGGGAUAGGUUCCUGCAGGAGAAGUUUGAGUCAGAGGUAUAUGUGGAUGGACAUGAUUCAGAUGAGAGCACGUUAGAUCAAUUGAAGAGGUGGCUGCAGCCAGACAGAGUUGCCAUUAAUACAGAGGAGCUGCAAUAUCUGAUCCUGCCUGAUAAUAUGAAGGAAAAUGGAGAGCCUAGUGUUACAACAGAGACAGAUGAGACGGAAGUAACAAGCCAGUUGGACUGACUGGAAAAAGAAAAUACGCUGGCUGAUGGAGAUGACGGUGCUAAGAAGAGUGAAGUCAAAACAAAAUGUGAAGUGGACACUUAAGAUGAAGAAAACCCUUCCAAGUCGGAAUUUCACAAUAGACUGAAAAAUCCUCAUUGCUUAUGUCCCCAUCUAUGAUGUUUUUCCCCCAAACUUUAUUUUUAAAGGAAUUUGUUGCUUUCUUAAUUAGGUCAUGGAUUUAGGCAGGACACAUUGACGUAAUUUAUAGAUAAGAAAGUUGGCAGUUUUUACGCAGCAGUAGUUUGAAAUGAUGCUUCUUUUUAAUAUUAUUUUCCAAAAGAAAAUAAAUUAAGUGAGCCUGGAAAAAAAUUAGGAAUAUCCCUUUCCAUAAGGACCACAGCUGGGACCAAAUCUCUAAUAAAAACUUAUAGGUAGAAAUACAGCUUACUGUGUUUAGUAUUUCCACACAUGUAAAGAAGUGGUCAGGAUGGCAACACUUGAAGGUGAUUUGUAGCUUGUGCUAUUAUAAAUAUUUAUUAUUAGGUUGGGUGUCGAGAAUUAAUAUUUCAUAAGGAGUGCCAUUUGUUGGGAAUAUUGUCAGUCUUUGAAGCUUUGCUCCCCUCAAAUUGAAGCUACAACUUGUCACUGUUGUCUUUUUAUGGUGUAUACCCACUCUUAUUCGUAGCCACUAAUUACAAAGUAAAUUGCAGAAGGAAAUAUGCUGUUUUAAUCUUCUUAGUAAUGGACGUUCUUAAAUAGUUUUUAUGUUGGUGCUUGAAUUGUUGUGUUUUGAAGAGGUGUUCUGGUUGAAGGUUUAUGCUUGGGAAAUUGAGAUCUCUAGAGAAUUCUAAAGAAAUGUUAAGGGUUAAUGUAUUACUCCAUUUUUCUGUUGGACUAUUGUUCAGGUCUUUAUCUCUGAUUGCAGUAUCAAGCAGAAAAAAGAAAUUUAUUUUUUCUUUUGGCAUUCAGUGCUUUGCCCAUAUUUCCGAAAUGAGAUGCAUCUGGUCAAUUUUUCUUCCACUUUCCAGGAUAUCAAAUCCUUGGGAACAGAUAUGAUGUUGAAGACCCUGCUCUGUUGGUCUACAGUGUUGGGCUCUUUCCUUCCACACUAUUCAGCUGUAGUUUUUUAAAGGUCUUAAAUUUGGAGGCAUAUUUAACUACCUUUUAGUGAAUACCAUGGUACCGUGCAUUUCACUAGAAGGAGUGCUUAACCCAUGUACAUAUUUACUCCUUUUGUGUAACCUUUAUGGUUGGGAUCUCCGUUCUAAUAUUCGUUGUGAUUAAACCAGCAUUGUCUUUUCAUUCUAAGAAUGGGGGGCACAGUAUCAAGUAUUGCCAUAAGUGCCAGCAUUUUAUCUUUACAGUCGAAAAAAAAUGAGGAAGAAGUAGGCUUGCCUGGCUUCUCUGAAAGGAGCAUUUAAGUGCUCAGCUGUGAACCUACUGUGAGGAAUCCCUUAUGCAGUUGGAGACCUAUGUUUGGAGCAUUGUUAGAGUGGAAGGUAGAUAUCAAUCAUACCUUUCUGGCAACAGGUUCUUCCCGGAUGAGUUUACAGUCACAUAUGUUUUCUUAUUCAUAAGAUCCUGCAGUUAUUUUCCUCAUCUCUGAUAAUUGAAGAUUACAUUGUACUCUUCUCCCACCUAAGCACAUGAGAGAGCCCACUGGUAAUCACCUUGGUAUUUGUUUUCCAAAAGAAUAUUCUCUGAAUGUAUGUAAAACUGAAAUUCUAGAUAAGAUGUCAACUUGUCCAAAUAUUUUACGUACCCAAGCUAGUGCUGUGGCAUAGAGGGAUAAAUCCCUGACUGUGGCCCUUGCGACCUGGUUCAGUAAGUGGCUUGGGCAUCUGAGACCCUGGCAGGGAGUGCUGGAUGUGUGCAUUCCAGAGGGAAGGGUACUUUUCUAAGGUAAGGAGGAGAGGCAUCAUUCAUAAUGGGUAGUAGCCCUUGGAUGUAAGUAGGUGAUCACGGGAUGGCGAAACCUAGAGAUAGGUCAUAAAGAAAUUUCUCCCGAGCUAAAGCAGUGACGGCAAGACCUUCCCCCCUUCAGAAUGCCAUUAUGGUGCAUGCUUGCCCCAGUCCAAACUUUAAUAUGAGGAGUAGGUAUACCUGGUGAUGGAUGGGGGGUGCUGAGGUUCAUACAGUGUUGCAAGGGACCAAGUAUAAAUCCUGCAUACCUCUGUGAAAUGUUGCUGUCUUGAUUUUAUAUAGUUUCAUCUUUUGUGAAACUGGUUCUUAAGUACUAUAAAAUGUAACAACUUUUACAUUUGUCAUAAAUAUGGUCAUGAUUGCUGUUGCAUUUGGUUUGUCUCUCCAACACUGUUUUCUAUCUUGGCACCCAGGCCAUGUUUUAAAAAGAAUCUCCAUACCACUCCACCUAUCCUUUAAACAAAGAAAAAAAUAAACAUCCCAUUCCUGUUUGA